GAGAGGAAUGCUGGCGGCAGCAGAGCUGCUCACAUUGAAGUCUCCAGUAGCAGCAGUAGGCACGCAGCCCAGGUCCUCUUCUCUGACCAUCCCUGGUGACCUGAGCAGGAGCUGCCCCAGGGUCCCCCCCCUGCAGAACAUCUCACCCAGCUGGCCAUCUCUGUCUGCACACUGGAGCCACCCCAACUUCUUAGCAGACUUUCAGCCGGGAGAGGCAGCACCUGACCUGGGAUUGCUUUGCUGGCAGCUCCCCCAGAACUUUGGAUACGCCGGCUGAGCCUGUGCAUGGGUCCAGCUUCUUUUGCAUGGAAUGAAGAAGGAGCUAUUAGGGGCGACCAGGGUGUAAGAGCUUUGGCAUGGUGCAGCUUGCAAGCAUUGGGACUGGACUGUCCUCAUUAUUCCUCUAGAUGAUGCUCAGGGCUAUCUGCAGAGCAACAGCACCACUUCCACCGUACAGGAAUUAAAGUGGCUUUUCCAGGUACAGUAUUUGAAGAACCGUUCUGGAGAUGGACUUGCUGUCUGCAACAUAUCUUUUGGCAAUUUUCAUAGCCUGUAUCAUAUACGAGUCUGGUGCCCAGGAGAAGAAUUACAUCAUACGAGAAGAACAGGGUGAAAAUAUAUCCAUUGGAAACUUGUUGAGGGACCUUAACCUGACGCUGGACCCCGAUGUAGCUCUGUCCACCCCUCUGCAGUUUAAGCUGGUCUACAAGACCAGCGAUGUUCCGCUGGUGCGUGUGGAAGAGAACACUGGCGAGAUCUUCACCACCUCAAACCGGAUAGACCGCGAAAAGCUUUGCUCCGGUAUAUUUACAGAAAACAAAUGUUUUUAUGAGGUGGAAGUGGCCGUUCUGCCUGACGAGGUCUUCACUUUGGUCAAGAUCAGGUUCUUGAUAGAAGACAUCAAUGACAACUCUCCUUUGUUCCCGUCGACGGUCAUCAAUAUCUCCAUUCCAGAAAACACUGCAGUUAAUUCUCGAUACUCCGUACCAUCUGCCAUUGACCCAGAUGUCGGCAAGAAUGGGAUUCAGAACUAUGACCUCCUUAAGGGCCAAAAUGUCUUUGGACUUGAUGUCAUCGAAACUCCAGAAGGCGACAAGUGGCCCCAACUUAUUGUCCAGCAAAGCUUGGACAGGGAGCAGAGAGACACCUACGUCAUGAAGAUUAAAGUGGAAGAUGGUGGAAAUCCCCCACGAUCGAGUACCGCUAUUUUACAAGUGACCGUCACUGACGUCAAUGACAAUCGCCCCGUUUUCAAGGACAAGGAGGUUGAAGUCAAUAUUCCAGAAGAUGCCCCCGUGGGCACCUCGGUGACACAACUCCAUGCCACUGAUGCCGACCUGGGCUCAAAUGCCAAAAUUCACUUUUACUUUGGGAACCAAAUUUCCAACCUUGCCAAGCGACUCUUUGCUAUCGAUAACAAUACUGGAUUAAUAACGGUCAAGGAGCCGCUGGAUCGAGAGGAAGCCCACUACCAUAAACUAACCGUCUUGGCAAGUGACGGAAGCUCAACUCCGUCUAGAGCUACGGUGACCAUAAACAUCACCGACAUCAACGACAACAUCCCCUCGAUUGACACAAGGUAUAUUAUAAAUCCUGUGAAUGGAACCGUGCAGAUAUCGGAAAAGGCUCCAAUUAAUACAAAAAUCGCUCUGAUAACGGUCACAGACAAGGAUGCCGACCUGAACGGUAAAGUGACAUGUUUCACGGACCAUAAUGUUCCCUUCAGGUUAAAACCAGUGUUUGACAAUCAGUUCUUGUUGGAGACGGCUGCUCCCUUGGAUUUCGAAACAACAAGAGAAUACGCAAUCAAAAUUGUUGCGUCUGACUCCGGAAAGCCACCUUUAAACCAAUCAUCGAUGCUCCUGAUUAAAAUAAGGGAUGAAAAUGACAAUCCGCCAAUUUUUACGCUCCCAGUCAUUGGCCUGUCUUUUGUCGAAAACAAUCCUCCAGGGACGGAACUGACCAAGAUCAGUGCCACCGACGCAGACAGCGGUCGCAACGCGGAGCUUAGUUACAUUCUAGGGCCUAAUGCACCAACAAUAUUCAACCUUGAUAGACGGACUGGAAUCCUCACCGCAGUGAGGAAACUGGACAGGGAGAAACAAGACAGAUACACCUUUACAGUGAUUGCAAAGGACAAUGGGAUUCCGUCCUUGCAGACGAAUACCACCGUUACCUUAUCAGUCCUUGACCAAAAUGAUAAUAGUCCCUCAUUCACUCACAAUGAGUACAACUUCUACGUGCCGGAGAACUUGCCCACGUAUGGCACAGUUGGCCUCAUCACAGUAACCGAUGAAGAUAUAGGGGAUAAUGCAGAGUUCACUCUUUCACUGGUCAACGCCAGGGACAACUUUAUAAUCGAUCCCCAUACAGGUGUCAUCAAACCAAAUAUUACAUUUGACCGGGAGCAACAAGGCUCGUACAGUUUUCAAGUGAAAGCAGUAGAUCGAGGAACGCCACAGAAGUCCUCCACCGUAAAAGUGACCAUAUUUGUUGAAGAUGUCAAUGAUAACAGACCCGUCUUUGUAAUCCCGUCCACCAACUAUUCCUGUGAGUUAGUACCAACCUUCACCAACCCGGGGUCUGUCGUAACCAAAGUCUUUGCUGUUGAUAAUGACACAGGAGUCAAUGCGGACCUCCGUUACAGCAUCGUAGGUGGUAACUCAAGGGGUUUAUUUACAAUUGAUGAAAGGAGUGGGAAUAUUAGUUUGAAAGAGAAGAUUAUCGCCGGAGAUCACGGGUUGCACCGACUUGUCAUAAAAGUAAAUGAUUCUGGAAAACCGGAGCCUUUUCACACCAUUGCUCUGGUGCAUUUAUUUGUCAAUGAAACCAUCACCAAUGGAUCUUACGUUCAAGAGCUCGUGCGGAGAAACAUGGAAACGCCGGUUGGACAGAACAUCGGAGAUGGGGAUAUAACACCGCAGACCAACGACUACGUCAAAAUCAUCAUCGCAAUUAUUGCAGGAACAAUGACUGUGAUCCUGGUUAUUUUUGUCACCGCUUUGGUACGCUGCCGCCAAACCCCACGGCACAAGGUUGUCCAGAAAAGUAAACAGAGUGGGGAGUGGGUUUCUCCAAACCAAGAAAAUAGGCAAAUCAAGAAAAAGAAGAAGAAGAAGAAGCGUUCACCAAAAAACCUCCUUCUCAACUUUGUGACCAUAGAAGAGUCCAAGUCGGAGGAUCCGGCCCAUGAGCACAUAAAUGGCACUUUGGACAUCCCGGUGGAGUUAGAAGAACAGACUAUGGGGAAAUAUAAUUGGGGCACCACUCCCACCACGUUCAAGCCAGAUAGUCCAGACCUCGCCAAGCACUACAAGUCCGCUUCUCCACAACCAACCUUCCAGAUAAAGCCCGAGACACCGGUUCCUCCUAAAAAACAUCACGUCAUCCAGGAGCUGCCCCUGGACAACACGUUUGUAGUGGGCUGUGACUCAUUGUCCAAGUGUUCUUCCAGUAGCUCGGACCCGUACAGCGUCUCGGAGUGCAGUUGUCAAGGAGGCUUCAAGGCACCUGGCCCUAUCCACACACGACAGCAUGGAAAAGACGCUGGAAAACUUCAAUCUCCGCUGAAAGAAUCACAUCUGGAGACAUGGAUUCAGCCACCGACCCAGCGCCGCGUCACGUUUCACCUGCCAGAUGGCUCCCAGGAAAGUUGCAGCGACAGUGGACUAGGAGAUCAUGAACCGGCUGGUAUUACAAAUGCGUCGCAUCCUCUUCCCCUUGGCUUUGCCCAAGAAGAGUAUUACGAGCAAACGUCCACCAACAGCAGAACGGAGGGCGAUGGCAAUUCAGAUCCAGAAUCAACGAUUGAAGUCAAUCUUCAGAAAGCACUAGCAGAAGCCUCGGAGACCUGCACACAAGAAUGCCUGAUUUUAGGUCACUCCGACAACUGUUGGAUGCCACCAAUACUGACCCAAUACGAACAGUCGAACCCACCUCUGCCGUCGUUUGGUGGCUUCCAGCAAGGGUGGGGGAGAGAGAGUAGACCAGACGGAGUCCACACCCUUGGAAGACCUCUACCCAAGGAAGACAUCGACAAAGGGGCAUCUCGACCCCAGUUUUACAACACAUGCGAGAGACACUGUACCAUUGAAGAUCCCGUCAAAGUUAUCCCUUUGGCGAAUUUCACCCCAUGUCCGCAAACACCUGGUUCAGGGAGCAAAUCCAUCUUUGUACACGAGCACCAGCUCUAAAUCUGUAACUAGCAGUUAAUUUUGUGAAUACUUGUGUGUCAGAUGUACAUAGUCAUAGCUUUAAUCAUUCAUAAAAGCAAAUGUAAUAUACAUACUGUAGAAGUGUGAAAUUAAAUGGCAUAUGUGUAGGAGCCUACAUGUCAUGGCUGAAAUCAGA